UUUAGAUAAAGAAAGAAGCACAAAAUCAGUACAAUGCCACACAAAUAGCAAAAAGUAUUAUGAAUAAAACCAUCCCAGUUAUUUUGUAUAUAUUGUGUUGUUGUGGACAGUUGACCUUUUGUGCAGAUGCUAAAUGUCCAGUACUGCCUAAAGGAUGCAAAUGUAGUGUUAAAAAAAACAAGCUAGGUGUUCGCAUAUUGUGCAAUGGCUUGCAGACAAUACCAUUCCAGGACUUACCAAGCGAGUUAAAUGCAGAUAUAGAAAUUUCUAGAAACAAGAUAAAGUAUAUAAACAAAACUUCAUUUCCUCAUCCCAACCGAAUACGAAAAUUAGUGCUGAAAGAUAAUUCAAUUCAACAUAUAGCGUCUGGUUCAUUCACUGGGUUUAACACAUUAAGGAAGCUUGACUUAUCUGGAAAUAAAGUUUCACAAAUAACACAUUCAACAUUUCAAGGACUUCAAGAUAUAUCACUAAAUUCUCUGGAUUUGCGUAAAAAUAGGAUUGUAUCAAUCUCAAAACGGGCAUUCAAUGGAAUGAAAAUUGACAAAUUAUUUUUAAAUGAACAGCUCAAUAUUUAUAACAAGAAAAUGUCAAUCAUUAUAUAUGAAGAUUUCUUAACAUUAUCUUUGAUUAAAACAGUAAAUUUAGAUGAUAUUAAUCUUUCAUGUGACUGCAAUCUGAAAUGGCUGACAACUUGGCUACACAAUGGUGACAAACAUGUGAUUUCGAAAAAGUCCAUGUGUUUUUAUCCAGCUCAACUACGUGGAAGGUUGAUUCAAGAUUUAACACCUGAUUGGAAAUGUGGCGAACACAAUCUGGUAUUUCCACAACUGGAUAUUCAACCGUCAGUGAACCAAUAUGUAUUUAAAAACGAUUCAUUCAUUGCCUCUUGUCAGUCACCAUGGCUACCAAAAGCUGAGAUGGAAUGGUUUAGUGAUGGUAGCAAAGUAAUACCAAAAUCUGGGGAUGUUGACAUUCAACACUUAAGAGAUAUUUAUACUGCUUCAUAUACAAGCACAGUACAUAUUAAAAGAUUAAAUUGGAAAAGCAACACUAAAAUGACUUGCCGUUUGACUGUUCGUGGUUCUGGGGAAAUCAAAACAUCUGUGAAUUUGUUCAUUUCUUCAUUUGAUGCAUCAUCAAAUUAUUGUUUGCCUGAUGUCACAAACACUGAACGUGGAACAAUGGCUUGGCCUACCACAUUAGAUGGUGCUACUGUGCAGUCUUCCUGUCCUUUCAGCGGAUCAGGAGUGGCAGUAGCGUAUCGUACUUGCAGCAGAGGAACAUGGAGUUCAGUGAACGCUGUUAAUUGUUAUUUUUCACGUAAUACAACUGCAGAACUGCAAAAAUUUUACUUGAUGGCGAGUGAACGUGAUUUUAGAAAAAUUAAAUACACUGGCAACCGGUUUAGUUUCUACUUCACGCGCAAUUAUCUGUCGAUUAAAACCAAAUAUGACCUCUACUUUGUAUAUAAGACAUUAUUUGAAAUCAUGAAAACUUAUGAGAAUUCUAAUGGCUCGUAUGCUCGAUUCUUCUGGAGUUCAGUUGGUUUGCUUGCAGAAAGUCAUAUUGAAUUGAGUACUAUGGGAGAUGUUCUUUAUGGUAAAACUGGUGGUUGGAGAUUCUGUGAUUUACUCAAGUUAUUUGUUGUGCAAGAGUCCACCAAAGUGGGUAAACCAUUUACAAUAGACGAUCACAACCUUGUUGCAGGGAUAUCAUACAAACAAAAGCCAAAAGAUCCAAUUGAGUGCGCUACAUUAUCUGAACCAAAAACACAGCAUCUACAAGUUGCCUGUGGAAAUAAUACAGCCACUAAGAUGUCUACUGUAUCUUUCCAAGUAGCUCUUGGGUCGAAAGCAAAUCAAGUUCGUAUCACAAGUAUUGCAUUUAACGUCACCACUUUCUUUCAAUCAAAAAACAAGAACUAUUCUUUUAUUGCAAGUCCUAUAGUUGGCUUGGAAGUGUAUGAUUCUCCAUUACAAAGGAAUCAUAACACAUCUAAACAUUUUUUGGUGUCUUUUAAACCCGAGUCCUUGAAAUACCAUAAAAACCCCAAACUUGUGUUUUGGAAAGAGAGUUUAGGUUGGACAGAAUCAAAGGAUUGCACUAGUCUGACUCUCUUCACAAACCUCACUCAGUUUCAAUGUAUAUUUCCUUCGCAGUUUUUCGACAACAUGGUGUAUUUUAGUCUGGCAAUGGAUAAAUUUGUACCUGUUCGCUUAAAAGCAAACUAUAUGGAAGCUAUACUAUACGUUGGAGCUGUACUAUCCUGUCUCCUUCUUUGCGCAACACUGCUCGUCUAUAUGUUGUUCAGACAAUUACGAUACAACCGAAGUGACGCAGCCACUCUUAUGAACCUGUGCUUAGCCUUAAUCUUCACAGAAAUCAUCUUUGCUGUCGGUAUACACAGAACUGAUCAUAAGUUACUCUGUCAAGGUGUUGCUGUUGUCCUUCAUUAUUUCAUGUUAUCCACGCUUAUAUGGCUUGGAUGUGGAGCCCUGGUACUCAUUCAAAUGCUAAGGAAAUACGCUCGUUCAGUGAGUGAAGAAUAUGAUCCAGUGUUGAAAUACUAUCUGGUAGCCUGGGGUAUACCUCUCAUCAUAUGCAGCAUAACUGUUGCAACUUUAAAAGAUGGACCAGACGAUCUCGCGUACUGUUGGCUGCCACGCAACACGUCUCUUGGCGCUUUUGUCGUUCCGGCUGGUCUUUUUUUCGUGACUGAUUUCAUUCUAUUAUGUUACUUACAUGCUUUGAUCAAUCGAGUUUUUCCGGAACCGUUAGAACCAGUUACGAAAGAAGAACCGGUUGAUCGAGACAAAUGUAAUCCGAAGAGUUGCAAAUACAAAUUAAAGGCAGCUGAAAAGUUAGUGAAUGGGACGCCAAAACGUGAAGAACUACUGCAUUUUUUGCAUGGAAGUUUGUUCGUUCUACUUUUCUUUAUUUUGACGUUCACAUGCACGUUAAUGAUGUAUGCUUACAAGACUUCUUCCUCUCGCUAUUUAUACUAUUUCUUCUGUUACGCUGCUGCGAUUUUCAAUCUGUGUAUAGGCGCAGCUAUAUUUUUAUACCACUUCUUCAAAAGAAAAGACGCUGUUAACUAUGUAACUCAGUUUGUAGCACACCUUCGCCAUCAAAAGCACGCACCAGGAACUGAAUUGGAAGAAUUAAUCAACUUAGCUGAAAACCACACGCCUACAAUCGAAAGAAACUCGACUAAUCUCGAUCAUGCUUACGAACGUUCAGAUAUCGUGUCGGAGCAUAACUCGAACAAUCUCGAUAUGACACAUGGCGUGUACGGCCUCAGUGAUCAACUUCAGUCAGAAGGUUCGCAAAUUAUCGCUUCGGUUCGUGUUGAAACUGCCCCCGCGUAUGACGGUCGGGGCGAAUCGUUGGAUGAGUUGGAUAACGUAAACAAACGGUCUUCAAACGCGAUCAGUUUAUCCGCCAAUGAAUCCGAUGCAAAUAUCGGAAAUCCAGUCAAAGAAACUUUAGACAAAAGGUUUAAUAAGACCCAACAAAGUCAGUCAGAACUAAGCGAUGCCGACAAAAGAUCGAACGGAGGCCAAAACUCCAUCGGAGAGUGUUCAUUAACAUCUUCUAGAACAAAAAGAGUACGGCCGAAGAAUCCCGAUAUACCGGAAAAUAUUAAAUCAUUUGUGCCAGAAAACUGGCGUCCUGCAAGGCGUCGUGAAAAGAAAGGAGGCUCGUAUUAUCCUUAUUUUCUGUCUGAAACUGCGCCUGUAACGGCUUCUCUUGCAUAUAGCUCUAAAUCAAGCUCCUUAGCAAGUACAACUGUAAGUGGUGUACCAUUAUAUAUCAACAAAAAGCGUGCAGCUAAUAAUUUAGCUAUGUACAAUGAUUUAUUUGCGAAUAACAGACCUCAAAUCAACCCGAUGGCUCCAAUAAGACAACCCCUCCCACCUAAUAUUCCAAUGCAUAUAGUGCCAGGGCCUGGCUACCCAAUGCAUGUUCCGCCCAGUCCUGGGUAUUCACAUAUUAACAGCCAUCAAACUCAUGCUGGUUUGACCAUGUUAAACCCAGUGCAAGAGCAAAAUGUGUCGCCCUCUUCAAUUGAUUCAAAUUCACCCGAUAUGGCGUUAAAUAAUAACAAACCAGACAUUGAAUAUAAGGUUGAUGAAAAACAAACAAAUGAUAAUAUUAAUGGUAAUACUGAUAAAGUUGAUGAAAUAGAAGAUGAAGAAGAAGAAGAGGAACUUCCUGUAGUGGUUGCACCAAUCAUUUACGUUCCAAUGCCACACGUGACUAAGAAACAGUUUGAAUGGCGUAGUGAAACAACGGUGUGAGAAGAAUAUUUAUUUUGGCGGAGACAUAAAACGUGACAUAUUUUUAUUGUUUUUUAUUUACUAAUUUAUGAAAGAACGAAAUGGGUAUUUUUCGGAAUAAUAAGCACAGCAAACUCGACUUUACCACUACGAUUAAGCACAUUCAUAUACUGCAACAUAACACUGAUGUUGUUAAUGUCCACUAUGCUGCUGAUAUGAACAGGGGGGUUUUGUUACCCUUUAUUCCGUAAAAUACUUAAUUUUUACUAAACAAGCUCUGAGUCGAUUAUUUUCAAGCAACUUUUUUUGUGUGGUCAUAAUUUUUACGCAUAUAUGUAAAGUGAAACAUGAACAGAAUGACUAUUUUUUUAAAUAAUGUAAAAUUUUAUAGCUUGUGAAUAGCUAUCCACAGUGUAAAAGUAGCUUAAUUUUUAUUUGUUGCUGUCCCACAAGUGCGGCAGCCAUUUUUGUGUUUUUUUUUGGCCAUAAUGCGGUUUUAUGAAACAGAGAAAGCCAGGGAUUUAACUCGAUUUUGAAUUCGUGUAAUUUUCACAAGAUUAUUUUCUCACGGUAUUUUUUAAAAUAGCAACUGAAAUGGUACGAUAAUUUAAAAUUUUACCAUGAGAAUUAUAAGUUCGGACUAAGUGUGAAAAUGCUAAAAUGAAAGCAAUGCCAUUAACCUUUUCGUCCUUCCCCAUAAUUUUAAGUGAUCCCCGCCCUGUCUUUAAAAUAUUGAGUGGAAAAUUUGCAAUAACUAGCCUGUGGGGACUUUUUUACUGUGGGAGAAUGUUUCGAAGGUUGAAAAAUAGAUAUAUUAACAGAGUAGAAAUAUAUUUUACAAACUGAUGUUUUUAUAAGUGAUUAAUAUCUCUGAAGGUUUUUAUGUUCUGUACAUUGUUUUUAUUUAUCUAUUUAGUUUUUUUAUCAGUAAAAUAUAGUAUGUGUAAUA